GCCGCUAAAAAUAGAAGGGCCGGAGAAGCAGUCCCGCAGCUUGAGCAGCGCCCCAGAACAAUCCCCUGUGCCGGUGGACACCCAGAGGUGUAUCAUGAAGUCUUUGAAGUUUGCGAGCGCAGAAGCCCUGGUGUCUGACGCCCAGGUGACCAGGGAAAGUCUGCCCAAUGUGGCAUAUAACCUUUACCCACUCCUAUUUAAAGCCAGCUAUUUGGUAGAGCAAGGAGAAGUGAUUCACGAUCUGCUGGAAAACUGGCCCCUGGCAGAAUUCAACCUUGGAAAUCUGCUGGGGCCCACUGCGGACUACGCCGAAGACCUCCGCACUUGGGCCUGCAAGAUCUGCCUGGAAGCUUGUCUGCUGGGGCUCAAAGACUACGUGCUGAACAACUCUCCAACCUACACUAAAAGGCUGAGAACAGCCAACCUCACAGGCAUCCAGGACGUGGAAGUGCAGUUGUGCAAAUGCCAGAAGUCUCUGGGCAGGUGGGGCCGGACAGGCCUCCUGACCAGGCUCUGCUUUGAGCUGCUGGUAGAGCUGCAAAGGCGACCAUUCAACCCAAGCAUCUUGGACAUUGGCAUUGACGUCUUCAUCAAUUUCUUUGUCACGGAGAGCAACUAUGAGUGUGCAUUGCAGGCCCUGAUGGUAAGAUGCCACUCCCCACUGAAGGUGCGCUGUGUGGCCUUCAGGGCUGACAGCCUGGGACUGAAGAAGCUCUUCUAUAUGCUGAGGCUAGUGGAGCCCGACUCUCUGGAAAAGCUGGAGAUCGUCCAUAAUGUGCACUUGGAGAUGGAGCACCUACAGGUGUUACUCAACCACUUGGAUUUUCCCCAAUUGGUCUCGCUCACGCUGCCAGCCAGAGCCUUCAAUGUGCGCCGGCUUCAGGGAGAAGAUGACUCCAUCCUCACCAUCAUUGGAGAGAAGCUGAGCCGGAUGACCCACCUCAGGGAGCUGAGCCUGGCCUUUUCCAUCCUGACUGGGAGAACUCGGAAGUUACUCAGUCCCUUGAGAACUCCCCUGAGAACCCUGGACCUGUCUAAUUGCUCCCUGAACUAUGCAGAUAUGGCCUACUUAGCAAAUUGCCUCCAUGCUUCUCAUCUUGAGGUGCUGGACCUCAGUGGACACAAUGUGGUCAACCUCUACCCAUCGACCUUCUUUAAAUUGCUCAGCCAAGCCUCCUGUACCCUGAAGGUCCUGAUCUUGGAAGAAUGCAACAUUGAAGACAGAAACCUUAACAUGAUGAUUGUGGGCUUGACUCCAUGCCGGAAACUGCAAGCCUUCAAAUUUCUUGGAAACCCACUUUCCUCACAAGCACUGAAAUGUCUGUUCAAUGUUUUCUGUCAGCUUCCCAAGAUGAAAUCCAUUGAGUUCCCAGUGCCAAGGGACUGCUAUCCAGAGGGUGUCAACUACCCAUUGGAUGAUGCCACUCUCCCCAAAUUUGAUCACCAGAAAUAUGAGAAGAUUACAGAAGAACUUCAUACAAUCCUACUUCAGGCCAAUCGAGAAGACAUCAAGGCUUCCACACCCCUCUAUGGAAGCUAUGAUCCAGAUAUUCAAGAAACAAGCAAUGAGCUUGGAGCCUUCUUGCUUCAGUCUUUCAGAGAUGCCUUAGAAAACUUUACCACAGCGCUAAAAAAAAUGAAUUAAGCAUCUUAAGGAAAGUCCAUGAAAUCACAUCAUAGUGAGAUGCUCUUGCAUCAACUUUCCUUGUCCCUAUGGAGAUCAGUCCUGGGUUGGGGAUGGAACCAAGAUGAGACAUCAUUAUCAUUAUCAUGACCACCAGCAUCACGACCACCAGCAGCUUCAAGCAUUCAUUACAUACCUGUUUAUGUAUGGUACUGGGCUAAAGCAGAAUGCCUAGUACUGUUCCUGCCUUCUUGGAGUUCACACUCUAAACACAUCUGAAUGCUGUUGUUUUACUCUUAACGUGUCUGUUCUGAGAGUCUGAGUGCAAGUUAAAAGGAAGAAGGGAAAAUUCCUGAGAUCUUCAGAGAAGUUCCAUCACAGUCCAAUAAAUUCUGAAGAAAAGAUGUUACAGUCAGUCAACCUGCUCUGGAGGACUGGCACAAACAAAGCAAACUUCCUUGGUGCUGGGUGUGAGAAAAGAUCACACUAUAGCCAUGGGGAAAGGAAGUAGGUGUUUGGAGGAGGGAUGGCAAUUGUUGCAGAUACCAAGCCAAUAAGGGGUGUGAUGAGAUGAGGGGAGAAGGAAACCAGUGAUAAAAAAUUAGGGUGAUGGAGUUACAAGAAAAUACAAAGAGCAAGUGAAUUGGUCACUAAGCUAACAAACUAAGCUAAAGAAUAGAAAGAGGAAAGAUGAGAAAAGCAAACCAGACUUCCAUUCUGAUCAACAAAUUCUUUAUGGAACUGGAUCUCAAGAUAGGAUCUGUAGAUGGUCUGCAAGUCCUAUAAAUGUUUCAUAAGUGUGUCUUUUGCAGUACAAUAAGAUAGAGUUUAUACUUUUAUUUCUGAUGUAAAUUGAUAAUCUACUAUCUCUGCCCCUCACUGUUCUCUUACAAAACAGUGGUGGUAUUUCUUUUGUUAUUUGUUUUAUUUUUGCAGCAACAAGAAGCGGGAAUGGAAUCAGUAGUCCAAAGAGAAGCCAUAAAAAGGUAGAUUCAACUCAAUUUAAAGGACAACUACCCCAUAAUUAGAAUCAUCUGAUACUGGAAUCAGCUACCUUGUUGGGGGAGGGGAAGAGAGAGCAGAUUCCCCUCAUGGAAAGUCAUCAAGAACAGAUAACCAGAUCUCAGGGAUGUUCUAGAGGGGGUUCAUGGAUAGGUCAAGGAUGGGUUGGACCAGAUUGCCUCUGAGAUGCCUUUCCCCUCUGAGAUCCUGUAAUUCUUCUGACUGAUAAUGGUAUGCUCCAACACUUGUAAUUAGUUGAGGGAUCCACAACUGAUAUUUGAGAAACACAUAUUAGAGUUUGAGAACUUAACUGAGUUUUAGAGCUUCAGAAAAUCUCUUUCCUCUGAGUAUUUCUAAGGUUCAUUUGAGAAGUCCUCAACUCUAUAGCAGUUUAGUAACAGAGUGACUACACGAGUUUCAUGAAUACCCAACCCAUUCACCAAUAGCAUGCAUCAUCACCACCACCAUUUCCUAGUUCAAUUAUUUGUUACAGCUGCUUAGAUUUUGUAGUAUCUUCUGCAUAUGGAGAUUAGUCUUCUGAGGUCAAGCGAAAUGUGUUCAUGGUAUUUUAUUUAGAUCACUAAACUUAACAGGGAGGGUAUAUUGUCAUCAGAUGAAAACAAAAUGGUAUGACACUUCCAUAAACUCGUAUCACAAAGAUUCAGUUUGUAACAAGGUCUGCAUGGUGAAUAUAACCUGCCUGAAAAUAAAUCAUAAAUAUGCUUUGACAUCAUGUGCUUUUCCCCCUUCAUUUUAGUAUAAAUUCGGAAUGAAAAAUGCCUGAGGUCCUGAAAAUUCAUUUGUAUGUAUAAUUAUUUUUGUAUGGCCAGAAAAGCAUUCAUGUUUCAGGUAAGGGUUAGGCCAGCUCAUCUAUAAGAUUCUAUGCAACUGAGGUCUGGGGAUCCGGUGCUUUGCUAUAGCAAUCACUAAUUGUCUCAAUUAUUAAUUCUCAGUGUCGUAAGUAUCGAUUGAGAAACCCCACACAAGAGACAAGCUCGAGCAAGCAACUCAAAGUGGGUUCCCAAAUUAAUUUUGUAAUUCAUAAAACAAGAAGUAAUUAAGAUAGAUUCAGGUGAGUGGGAUGGGGAGGAAGCUGCUAUUAGUGUGUCACAACUGGGGCUUAUGAACAAUGGCAGAUUCCUAUUUUUCCUCAACAUUCUUGCUAAGUGUAUGCAUUAAACUGGCACCAAUGUCAGCAGAGCCCUGGACAGAGCCUUGGUUCAUAUCACUUUAGUUCUAUUUUUUUCAAACCUUUUCUCACCUAACAUAACAUUUGUCUUCCAAAUGUGUUCAUGCUAUUAUCCUUUCCAGUCAAAGCUGUAUAAAGUCUUCCCCAAGAAGGCCACUGAACAGUAGAGCAGACAGAUGAGAAAGCUUAGGAAAUCUUGUCACUCCCUACAUCCAAUAAUUACCAAGAACUCCAAUGUUACCUCAGAAAGAUCUCUUGCAAAUGUCCCCUCCCUCCAGUACACUACAGGUACUGAAAUCAUUCCCAAAAAAGUCCUGUGGGAUUUUUCUCUGAAAAACUCACCCAAUUAAGAGAACAAUUAUUUUGACCACGAGGUGGCGAUCAGAGUCAAAAAAUUAGUUUGCAAACAUUUGUCAAGUUGGAAGGGACUAGAGGAGCCAUUUAUUUCAUCCAGCUCCUUCAUUUUUACAGGUAAGGAACUGAGUCUCAGAGAGGCUAAGUGACAUGCUCAGGAUCACACAAGCAGUGCCUGUAGGGGCUAGGAUUUUAACCCAAGACUCCCGACUCCAGAAUUGGUGUUCUAUCAACGUUGCAAAGACAAGAAAAUGCAGGAAUAUUUUAGUCUUAGAUUUUUUUUGGUCAACUUUUUUUUUUAAUAAGUUAUAGGAGCUGGACUACAUUAGAAUUAGAAGAAACCUUGAAGCUCUCCAUAAACCAGCUUCUUCAGUGUGAUAUGGGAGGAAAAAAUACUGGAUUUCAGGUCGGAAAACCUGGGUUCAAACCCCAGCUCUCUGACCCAAUAUUGAGAAGAUCCUUUAAUUUUUUUGGGUCUUGGUUUCCUCAAUUGCAAAUUAAGGAAGUUGGAUUAGAUGAUUUCUAAGGUCUUUUCUGGCUCUGCAUGUUUUGGUCCUCAUAACUGGGGAAACCAAGGCAAGAGAAAUGAAGAGAUUUGCCCGAACCUUUUACUUAACUGAAGUCUCUUAGAACUGACACCCUAGAACACCCUUUCACUUCUCUGAAAUAUUUCAAAGACUUAUCUGACUGUGUAUUAGAUACAACAACAGUGGUUUAUUACUAAGACAAGUUUAGGGAAAGGUAUGGGGAAAAGGUUAUCAGGGUAUCCCUAAAUUAUUUCCUCCAAAUUGAUCUUAAGUCCUCAGCUGUGGCCAGCAGCAGGGAUCAGUCCUACUAGGAAUUCUUCUCCUAAUCUAAAAUAUAACAUACCUAAGCACCUAAGUAAACAGUUGAGUCUAGAGAAGUAAUAGAGAUAGCUGAAACUUCUGGUCAGGCACACAGCCCACCCUCCUAGGAUAAAAUCCUGUUUGGGUCAAUCUCCAUAGUCUUGUCUGAUUUCCAAGGUUCCCAGGAAGAUCUCUGAGAUGACUGAUUUUAUAUCAGAGUCACAGCAAUCACUUUGGGACACUUCAGGCUAUUAGAUGAUACCGAUUUCACACCAGAGUUCAGGAUACACCUUCUCUCUCUUCCAGGGUUCAGGAGAAUCUCUCCCUUGUCAGUUGAAAACUCUCCCAGCAUCCCCUCUGUGCAUUCCGUUUCUCCCUCAUCUCUCUUCCUGGGUAUUCUAUCUCUGCUUUUCAUUUCCCUCCAUUCCUACAAAAUGGAUAAUGAUGAUUUGUGUGGAUGGUGGUGUUACUGCAGAGCUCUGUGGCAAGCAUAUGUGUGACCAUUCCCACAUUGCCACCUUUUUUGAAAGGACAAUUCAGUCUUAUUCUUCGUUUCUGGAAAAUGCCCAGUUUUAAAGGCAAAUGUAAAAGGGAAAUUAGGAAGAUUUUGUUUUGAUAUAAGGAAAAACUUUCUAAUAAGUAAUGCUAUCCAACACUUAAAUGGGCUGCUUUGUGAAAUAGCUAAGAUCUCCAUAACUGGAAUCAAUCAAGCAGAGGAUGAGUCCACAUUUGUCCGGUCUGUUAUGAAGGAGAUUCCUGCCCAAUGCAAGAAUGCAGGUUGAACUGGAUUUCUAUGGAGGGCCCCUUCCUACUUUAAGAUUCCAUGAUCUGGGGCAGCUAGGUUGCUCAGUGGAUGGAGCCAGCCCUAGAAAUGGGAGGUCCUGCAUUCAAAUCCAGUCUCAGACACUUAACUAGCUAUGUGACCCUGGGCAAAUCACUUAACUGUAACUCUUUUUCCUAGCUCUUUCUGUUCUUCUGCCUUGGAACCAAUAUAUAAUACUGAUUCUAAAACAGAAGGUAAGAGUUAAAAAACAUUUCUUUUUAGAUUCCAUGACCAUCAAUAGUGGAUGAUCAUAGUGUCUGAUACUGAAAGCUUAACCCACAUUUCAUGCUUAUAUGCCUCCUUUGCAUUUUCAGCUUUUAAUAGUUCCAUUUUAUAAUAAUUGGAGACUUUACUAUUAAUCGAGUUAACCUAACUAGUGGGCUAUUCCUUAUUUCCACCGAAAGUGCAUAGAGAAGGAUAUUGGGACACAAGGGACAUAAUCUGAAAUAAGUCAGUUCAAUGAGUCAAUGAAUUUAGUGCUGAAAUAAUUGUUGGGUUUGGGGGGAUGGGAUUAGAUGUUAAUUUAGACCAGUAUUAGAAGAGUAAUCUGGUUUGGGAAGGCUACCCAAGCCCAGUGAAGGCAGAGCCAGACCCUGAGAUGAGAUAUACACACAGAACCCUAUAUUAUAAAUAACAGGUGCUUAAUAUAAUAAGGAUAGGUUAGAAGGGAUUUGUAAAUACUUUACUCUAAUAAUAAAUAUCUACAUCUCCCCAGAUCUACAAAUCUCUCCAGAGAUUAUUUCUGAGGGGUUUUCCUACUCUUCACACACACACACACACACACACACACAUUACUAUACUUAACUAAGCUAAAACUAAACCCUCCUUUGAUAAUAUGAGGGUAAGUGUCUAUGUGCAAAUCUGACAGGGCCCAAUGAUGAUCUCAUGAUCAGCUAUUAGUUGUCACAAGAGCAGUACAGGAACUCAGGUGUCAAAGGCCAACAGGUACAGGAUAAUCCAAACAGCAGGUAGAAUGUGAAGAACAAGCAGUCAAAUACCACAGGAAAAAAGCUAAUUCUCCUCAGGUCCACCCAGAGGAAAAAGCCACAGCCCUAGGCUUAACUGUCUCUCUCCAACACCAGCUGCUCUACCCAGAAUUCCAGAACACUGCACUUUGCUCUCAGUCUGCAUGCUCAUGCACAUUUAACUUUACCUAUAACAGUGCCUACUAUGUGCCAGCUAUUGUGCAAAUCAUUAGGAAUGCAAAGUAAAAAUAAAACCUUCUUCUCAAGGAACUUGCAGGCAACUAUGUUUAAAUAAGAUGUAUAUGGGACAAAUUGAAGAUAAUUAACAAAGGGAAGACAUUAGUAUAAAAGGGGAUCAGAAUGGCUUCCUGUAGAAGAUGUGAUUUUUGCUGGGACUUGAAAGAAGCCACAAGGCAGAAAUGAAAAGGAAAAGGAGUAUGGAGGACAGCCAGUGAAAAUGCUUAGAAUCUAGAGAUGGAGGGUCAGCAUUGAUUGAAGGGAUUGACGGGGCUGGGAAGGCAUGGAGUAAGGCAUCAGAAGCCUACAAAGGUAGGUGGUCUCCUGGCUAUGAAAAGGCAUUCUUGGCACUCAGAAUUAAACUCACUCUAGUAAGGCCAACCCAAUGUAAAAGAGAAACCAAUAACUAGAUUUCUAAGAAGACAAGAGGUGUCUUGGGAGAUCAUCUAGCAAUUCCCUCUGCCUGAAAGUUAGGGCCCUGAAUCUGUGAUUUCAUGGGUACAGGAAAUUCCCAAGUAAGGAAACUCCCAGAACCAAUUCAAAUCAGAACCUUCUCUGGAACUUAUAUAGUUUUAGAAAGUUGCCUCGAAAAGCUCUUAAAGUCUGGGUUCCUUUUGAGGGUCACUGAGCCAGUGUGAACCAGAGGCAGGUGUUAAACCCCAAGCCUACUGGCUUUCAAGGCCCCCUCUCUAUAUCCACUACACAGUGCUAAGCUCAACUAAUUUUCUCCCAAAUCAUUGCCAACACUGGACAAUUGAAGCAGAAGCUCCAAUCUGGGCUAGAAUUUGUCUACUCUCCCUUCCCUGCUUCUACAACAUUUCUUGGCACUAAGUAGGGUUUCAUAGAGGAAAGGAAUCUGGGGUCUUAUGGAGGCAAUAUGAGAGAUUAAAAAUUUGAAAAUCACAGAAUUCCUGAAUUCAAAUGAAACUUUCUAGUUAAUUAAUCAAACAAAUAUCUGAAUAGAUUAUGAACAUGAAGUUAUCCAGUGAUAGUAAAAGCCCCAAGUCUUACAGUAGCUCAUCAACAUUUGGUUAACUUAAGUCAUUAGUAAGUAAGCUUUCCCUUUUAUCAGAUAGAAUCUGCCCAUCGGCAGCUUCCACUCAUUCCUGAUUAUGUUCUCUGGGGCUAAGCAAGACAAGACCAAAUAAACCAGCUUUCUGAUAAAGGUACAUCUUCUACAUCAUGAUAGUUAGGGAUUGAGUAUCCCGCAAUCUGGAAAAUGUGUAUAAAAUUUUUUGGUUCUCCCUUUGUAUGAGAGAAGUUUGGAUUUUUUUUCAAUGAGUUACUAAACUUAAACAUAUCUCUACACUUCUAACCUUUGUAUAUCAUCUUCUUGCUUUCACGCUCUUUUCACAAACAAACUUUUUACUUAUUUUAACUUUUAAAAAGAAAUUGUGCAUAUGGUAUUAAAAGAUAUGUUUGAUAUUAUACAAUAUUAUACAUAUAUUUUAUGCAUUUCUGAGCUUCUAAACUUUUUCUGUGUUGUCUACUGGUCUCUGUGUGUUGUCUGGGGUUUCUGCAAAACUCUCCCCAAAUUCCCAAUUAAUUUCUUUUGUCGAUCCAUAAUCUACUGAACCAUGAUGGGGAAAGAUGCAAUGUGGAAAGGAUACCUGUACUUCAAAUAAUUAAAGGUCUCCACUAUUUCUCUUCUUCUACAAACCAAACAUCCCCAUUUCCUUCAACUAAUUCUUACAUAGGACAACUAGAUGGUGCAGAGGUUAGAGCAGUGGGCUUAGAAUCAAAAGGACAUCUUCAUGAGUUCAAAUUUUGUCUCAGAUGCUCAGCAAGUCACUUAACCCUAUUUCCCUCAGUUUCUUUAUCCGUAAAAUUAAAGAAAGAAAAAAGAAAGAAAUGAAGACAAAUCACUCCAAUAACUUUGCUAAGAAAACCCCAAAGGGGUUGUGAAAAGUCAAAUAUAACUGAAAUUACCAAAAAACAAACAUCAAAAUUCUUACAUGCCUUCAUUCCUCUCACUGUCUUGAUUGCUCUUGAAGAACUCUUAUAUAAUUAAUCAACCAUAACAGCAGACAAAAUGAAGAAUGUUACCCAUCUUCUUACAGGGAGGUGACUGUAUAUACAGAUUGAGGUAUUUUUAUGUAAUCACUAUGAAAUUUGUUUUCCUUACUACAUGUAUUAUUUUCAAGAAUUUUUUGUUGUUCUCUAGUGGGGCUGGGGAGGGAAAAUAAAUGUUGAAUUUAUAUAUAUACAUAUAUAUAUACACACACACAUAUAUAUACUGCUUAUAUAUAUAUAUAUACAUAUAUACAGAUUAUAUAUAUAUCUAUACAGUCGUUGUUUGCUAUAUUACAGUUCAUUUAUCACAGCUUCACCUUACUAUGGGUUUUUUUUUUAAUCUAAUUCUGUAUUGUGGAGUUUUCGCUAUUAUCGCAGGAUUUUGUGGAUGGAUACUAUACUGUACACAAUGGAAAUGCAGUAUGCCAUUACCACUUACACAAGUUUGCCAACAUGAGAUUGUAUGUGGCACACUAUUGGCUGAUGGAAUAAAAGACAACCAACCAUAGUGCUGUGUUCUGUGUCCUUCGUACUGAUUGGCUCAGUGACAGUGGCUGAGUGGUCUGUUUGCUCUCCCACACUGUGCCCAUAAUAAUAAAAUAAGUAUGACACCUCUAUUUUGUGGAUUUUCAUUUAUCCUGAGGGUCUCUGGAUGUAACUCCCACAAUAGGUGAAGGAUUACUGUGUAUGUAUGUAUAUAUAUAUAUGUGUGUGUGUGUAUUUUUUAAAGAAGCUCUAGUGAAAGUGAAUAACUAGUAUUUAUGUAGUGCUUUAAGGUUUAUAAAGAGCUUUAUAAAUAUUGCCUCAUUUUAUUCUCAUAGCAAUCCCGAGAAGCAGGUGUUGUUAUCCCCAUUUUACAGAUAAGGGAACUGAAGUAGAGAACUUAAGUGACUAACCUAGCAGCACGCUGCUAGUAAAUUCAGGUUUUCCUGAUUUCAGGUCUAGUAGUGCCCUGUCCCAACCAAUGAACUUCUUUUUAAAACCUGUUAACUUCGAAAUAACACAGAACUACCAAAGUAGUAAGAAAAACCAAGUCUUUAAUCAGAAAAGGGUUAAGUCCAAUAUUUGGCCCUUUACUAAGAGUCCAGGGUCUACACCCUGGGACUCUGGGGACAUUACCCCGGGGGUGACACUGCACUAUAUGAAAACUCCAAAGAGGGUCAGAACUUGGGGGUCUUUUAUACCUGUUGGAGAACUUGGUAUGGCAAGCCUGCAUAGACAAACUACAAGCAGCCAGCCUCAGGGGUAUCAGGGAGCCGUCAACCACAGUAGUUAUAAAGGGAAGGGUCACAUAAAGAACUGGGCUUCCUGAGAGAGGACUUUAAUACAAUGGGAGAAGCUUGUCCACAGACCCCCAUCCACACCAGGGUCCUCAGUUUAAGGUCUAUAAUUCAACCCAAAACAGGUAUGCCCAGUACUGGGGUUUUUCAAAGGGCAGGGGUCAAAUUGAAGUGUCCAGAUUUCAUGUUGACAAACCCUUACCUUUGGUCUGAGAAUCAAUACUGUGUAUUGGUUCUAAGGCAAAAGAGCAGUAAGGGCUAGGCAAUAUGAGUUAAAUUACUUGUCCAGGGUCACAUAGCUAGGAAGUGUCAGAGGAGUCAAUGAACUUUUGAACAUCUACUUUUACACAGUGGAAUGAGUAGAAAAACUAUUUAAGAGUGGACAUGCACAGCUGAACUAGUUUUCCAUAGGGCCAAAAGAAAACGAAGAGGCCUAGAUAAUAGAUUUGUGAGAAAAAGGAUGGAAGGACCAGAAUAAAUAACAGAGAAGCUAAACUAUGCUUAGGAGGUAGGGAGAGAAAGGGGAUUAUGAUCAGAGAGGAAUGUCAGAGUUCAAACUCAUGUAGUUGGCACUGUUUUGUGUGAUGGUGUGAUCCAAGGAAGGUCUAAGCCUGUCAGUAGCUAAGGGAAGUACAGGUGUAAACCAUGGCUGCUCAGGAGAUUUUUGAACCAGGAGGCAGAGAGUUCAAUUAGGAAAUUACUAUGAUAAUCCAGGUAAGAAGUAAUGAGAAACUGAAUAAGGGUGAGGAGAAAGCAGAUUCAGGAAGCAUUUAUUAUAGAUGUACAUUUCAAAGACUAAAGCAGUGUCAAAGUAUUUGCAUAAAGCUGGGAAAACACUGUUCCCUUUAACUUGAUUUUCAGUUGGUUAUCUUAAUACAAAACAAAUCAAAUUUUAAAAAGCAAACAACAAAGAAAACUGCAGAAUGAAGAUAACUGACACACAUUUUAAUUAGCCACACUUCUCUAAUUAGAAAAAUACAAGUUGUUUUAGGACUAACAAAUAUCAUAUUUUCUUCUACCCUAUGUGACAUCACAGGGUAUAUUUGCAGUUUUUCACUACAAUGGAAUUUUCACUGGAACACUGUAUUUACCACUCCUAAAUGAUAAGAAAUUUAGAAAAAACAAUUCAAGGGUAAAAAUGUUAUUUAGUAAAGAAAAAUUCUAGAACUCUAGAUUUAUCAACUUGUUUUAUUUUUUUUCCAAAUAACAAGCACUCACCCAUUUUACAUCAGAAAAACCUUCUGAAAUUGGUAUUGUCACAAUAGGAAAGUUAGAAAAGUCUGAACCACAAAGAAAUAAAUCAUCACCCUGUAUGUAUAUAAUUUACCCCAUAUCUAGUUCCCUCUUUCCCACCCCCAUUAAAGGUUAUUUUCCCUGUUCACUUUGAUAAUUUAUCACCCUGUGUAUGUAUAACAUGGCAGCAGUACUUCCAUCUCAAAAAUCCUGAGCUCCUCCUGACUCCAAUUUCCCCCUGGAGUUGCUAAAGAGAGACUCCCUACUUCAUUAAUCAUCAUCACAACUCUCAGCAUCAAAUUCACUAAAUUUUAAUGUAUAGCCUUUAUAUAGCCAUUGUUUUGCAGACUGCAAGAGUAGUAUUGGGUCCACCAUUAUUUUUGUUUUCACUGAGUGUUCAUAUCUUAUACUUUUCACUUUUAUUAUAGACAUUUCAUUAUAGAAAUUCUUUUGAGGAAGAAUCAGCAAAAUAAUGACAAUUCUCAAUUAUUCAUGCUAAUAGAGGGUUGUGGGAACAAGGAAAAUCCAAGUUACCUCUACCCAACUCUGGAAGACACUACUGUACUGUAUUUUUGUAGAAGAAUCAAUCUUACUAAUUCCUAAUUAGCUUUUUCUUAAUUUGUUUUUACAUGAGAUCAUGUCUAAAUUAGUUUAUAUUUCAUGAACAUACAUCAGCUAGAUUGAGAAGGGAGUAAUUGAAGGAAAAGAGUGAAAAAUUAGUCACUCUGAAUCAUCUUAAUGAUGUAAAAAACUGAAAUAUGACUGUUUCUUUUACUAAAGAGACAAAGAGUGAGAACAAACUGGUAAGAUGAACUAGAUUCUAGGGUAUUUUCCAACUCAAAGAUUCUGGGAUCUAAUUGGCUUAAGGCUAAAUGGCCAAUCAUUAGAACUACUAACUAGAGAAUGAUACAAAAUUUUAGGGAACAAAGAAAGUCAAACUUCUUGAGCCAUAAAGAUAGCAUGCUCAUACUUGACCUUAUAGUAUAGUGAUAGUAUAUAGAAUAGUAAAGUGAUCUAACAUAGACAAGUGAGAUAAUAAGCACCCAGGGAAAUAAAAAGCACUAAG